AUGAAUCCGCUAAUUGGAGCUAAUCUAAGAGCAAUGAAAAUAUUUGGUUACAUGAUAUAUGAUGAUCAAAAAUACAAAAGAUUGCACUGUUUCAGAGGCGUUUUAUUAACCGUCUCAUUCAUUAUAUUCAAUAUAUCACAGUUCAUCGAUUUAUUUCAACAUUUCACCAACAUUGAUGAAAUCACAAAAAACGCAGCAACAACAUUACUCUUCGCGACAACAUCAUUCCGAAUGAUUAAUUUUUAUAAAAAUCGGCAGAGAUAUCUGGCAAUCAUUAAAUAUGUUGAUAGUGAAAUCAAAAAAAUGUUAAGUAUUGAGGAUAACCAUGAGAAGGAAAUCAUUCAUUCAAGUAUCAAAUAUAUGCGUAAUUUAACAGCUUGCUUCUGGAUCAUCGCCUUAAUUACUGGAAACCUCAUGUGUGUUAACGCAGCUGUUCAAGCUUUUCUUCAUACAUCUGAUAAAUCACCACCAUUAAUACUUAGAAACUGGUUUCCUUUCAACAAUUUUUGGCUGAGUUAUUUCAUUCAGUAUUACAUAAUGAACAUUGGAAUGCUGAUUGUUCCAUGCUGGCAUUCAUUUAUCGUUUCAAUUAUGAUCUUUGUUAUCACUAAAUUGAAAAUUCUCAAUAAGAGAUUGAGUGGCAUUGACGAAGAAUAUUCCCAUUUUGUUGAAUGUGUGAAAAAACGUUCAGAUAUAUACAUUUUUGUCAAGGAGCUCACAUCUUUAAUAAGCUCAUCUCUUUUUAUGGAUUUCAUCGUAUUCUCGAUUCUUUUGUGCGCUCUUCUAUUCCAAGCAACUCAGGUUGAUUUUGGCAUUCAAUUAGCGAUAAUUUUCUUCUACAUUGUGACAAUGACAACGAUAUUGUGGAUGUAUUAUAAUCAUGCAAAUGAAAUCACAUUUUAUAGCAAUCAGCUAUCAAUAUCUGCAUAUGAGUGUAACUGGUAUGAACACUCUAGACAUUUCCGUAAGCAGAUUUUAAUUUUAAUCACAGCAUCAAAACCAAUUAUAAUACAUGCCGUAUUUAUCAUCAUGAAAUUGGAUACAUUUCUGUCUAUUUUGAGAGCUUCAUAUAGCUACUUUACACUACUAUCGAACAUUGCAAAUGAUAAGGCGUUAAAAUAA